AUGAGCGUGGAGGCGCUACGGGGCAGCGACGAGAGCUUCGAGCCCUUCAUCGCGCGGGUGCGACCGCACCCGGGGCAAGUGGACAGCGCGCGGAACAUCAAGGCGUUCCUUACCGGGUCACAGCUGCUCAACCGGCACGACAGCCAGAAUGUGGCGACGCUGCGACAAGACCGUUACUCGCUGCGCACGGCCAGCCAGUGGAUCGGCCCUGUGCUGGAAGACUUUGCUUUGGCAUACGACCAGCUGACAGUCGAGCUCAACUCAGUGACGGACAACCCGCUGGUUGACCCGGAGACAGGCCGUGUGCUCCACGGCGGCAACUUUCAGGCGCGCGCUGUCACAUCGGCGGCCGAAAAGCUGCGCCAGGGCCUCCAGAGCAUCGGCCGCAUGCUCUUCACCCAGUGCACCGAGAUGAUCAACCCGGCCACCAGCUGGGGCCUGCCGCCCAACCUGUGCUCGGACGACCCUAACGACUCUUUCCUGUUCAAGGGGCUUGAUGUCGUCGUUGCGGGCCUGACCUCGGAGCUGGGCUUCCUGGCCAACCCCGUCGGGUCGCACGUCCAGACGGCCGAGAUGGGCAACCAGGCUCUCAACUCCCUGGCGCUCGUGUCGGCCCGGUAUACGCUCGAGGCCGUGGACGUGCUGUCCCAGAUCGCCUCGGCGCACCUUCUGGCGCUGUGUCAAGCCCUGGACCUGCGCACCAUCGAGAUUGAAGGCCGGAAGGACGACGUUUCGCCUGACGCGACGCCGUACAUCGGCCGGGCCUCGCAACGCAUGUACCGCUUCAUUCGGAAGGAUCUCGGCAUCCCGUUCCUGGGCGAGGCGAAGCUGGCUUCGACCGAGGCCGCGACGCCGGACGGUGUCACACCGAGUAUGGGGCUUUAUAACACCCGGGUCUACGAGUCCAUCAGGUCGGGACGCUUGUACGAUGUCGUUCUGGAGAGUCUUCAAGAAAUGAAGGCGUAA